AAAAACCCAAUCUUCCUUUUUUCUUUCUUUCUUUUUACUUGCUCCCGCUGAACUACUAUUACAAACAACUUCGAAAGACCAAGUUUGCUCUAUUCUAAUUUCAUUAGAGAAAUAAAAAGAGUUUGAUAGUGGUACUGUUGCUCUUGUCGGUGAAUUGGGUUUGUGACCAAAAAAAGAAAAAAAAAAAAAAAGAAGAAAAAAAUGAAUCAGGAAAUGAAUGGGAUUGAGACUGAGAGUAAUGGGCAUGAGAAAAUAGACCAUGUGUACAAGGUGGUGGUGAUCGGAGACUCUGCGGUUGGGAAGACUCAGAUACUUUCUAGGUUUGCUAAGAAUGAAUUCUGCUUAGAUUCCAAGUCCACCAUUGGGGUUGAGUUCCAGACAAGGACUGUCACCAUUAAAGGCAAAGUCAUCAAGGCUCAGAUCUGGGAUACUGCUGGCCAAGAAAGAUAUCGAGCUGUAACAAGUGCAUACUAUAGAGGGGCAUUAGGAGCAAUGCUGGUGUACGACAUAACGAAGAGACAGACGUUUGAUCAUGUGGCUAGAUGGGUGGAGGAACUCCGGGCCCACGCGGACAACUCCAUCGUGAUCAUGCUGAUCGGGAACAAAGCUGAUCUGGUGGAUUUAAGGGCUGUGCCCACUGAAGACGCAUUGGAGUUCGCAGAGGAUCAGGGCUUAUUCUUCUCGGAGACGUCAGCUCUCAACGGAGACAAUGUGGAUACUGCAUUCUUCAAGAUAUUAGAGGAAAUAUAUGGUGUGGUUUCCAAGAAGUCACUGGAAACAGUUGGGAAUGGAAAAACCAACGGCGCUGAUGCUUCGAUGCUCAAAGGAUCAAAGAUCGACGUUAUUUCUGGGACUGAUUUGGAAAUCAGUGAGAUGAAGAAACUAUCUGCUUGCUCAUGUUGAUGCAUAUUUUAAUCAAGAAGCAAAACAUUUAAGACCAUGCUUCGGUUUACUAAAUUUGUUCUUUGCUUUUGGGUUUAUAUUUUUAGAAGUGAGAGAAUGAUCUUAAUGGAUCAGCCCGUUUAUUGUUGUCUAUUAUAAGUCCACCGUCCACCACAGAAUCAUUUUAUGCCCAAGAGAAUGAAUGUGACUAUAUAUAGUGGUUUUCUAUUAAUUCAAAUCUUCUGGGUAGCAAGCUAUUCAUGCUUUUGCCCAGCCACAA